AUGGAAUCAGUUACCACUACAAUUCAAUGUAUGGGUAUUAAAGACAGUUGUAAUAAAAAGAAAAUAUUUCAAGGAGGGAAAUCAAAAAUAAUAGAGUUUCAAGUAAAAUAUGAAAACUCUGAUGAAGUUUUAAAUUUUCAAACUACUCAAAGUGCAAUUAAUAAAUUAAUUUCUGAAAAUAGUUUAAAAAAAGAAAUUUAUAGUAUAAAUUUACCAAUUUCAAAUUAUUCAGUCACAUCAUCAUCAGCACUUCAAGAUAUUAAUUUAUUAUGUCAAUGUAUAUCAUCAACACCAAAAAUACAAAGAUCAUUAUCAUUUGUUAAUUUCAUUGAAACAGAGAAUAAUUUAACAGUAUCAUCAACGUUUAUAUUUGAUUUUAUAAAGAAUUCAGACAUAUCGGGUGUUUUAUUAAAAACCAAAAAUAAUAAUAAAAGAACUAAAAAGGAAAGAUUAUGUGUAAUUAAAUAUAGUAGAGUUUUAUACUAUUUCUCAGAAACAGGUGGUGGUAGUAGUACUGAUAUUAAUUCAACAGAAGUAAAGAAAAAGAGAUGUAAAGGAUUGAAAUUCCUAGAUGAUUGUAAAAUCACCGAAAAAGGUGAAAACUAUUUUCAAUUAAAAACUUCAAAUAAUGAAACCUAUGUUUUCACAACUCCAACCAAUGAUGAAUGUGAUAGAUGGGUAACAACUAUAAAUAAUUGUAUUGAUUAUAUUACAAAAUCAACUUAUCGUGUUAGUGGUCAAGUUCAAGGAACUGUUGUUAAAUCUCGUAAUCUUGCUGCAAAAGAUUUAAAUGGUAAAAGUGACCCAUUUGUUAUAAUUAAAGCAGAACAACAACAACAUAGAACUCAAACAAUUUAUAAAUCAUUGAAUCCACAAUUCAAUGAAGCUUUUCAUUUUGAUAUUACAAAACAUCAAGGAUAUGUUUAUUUUUUUGUUUGGGAUGAGGAUAAAUUUAAGACAGCAGAUUUUAUGGGAGAAGUUGCAGUACCAUUAAGUUUAUUGCCACCUAAUGGGUCAGAGAUUAGUUUAUGGUUACCAUUGUCACCUAGAAAUAGUAAAGAUAAAGUAUCAGGUGAUAUAUUGAUAAAGAUUCGUUAUUUCUUUUCACCCGAUCAAAUUGAAGUAUCACCAACAUCAAUCUAUGGUAAUUCAUUGGAAGCAAUUGUAAAGAAUAGACCAGAGAUUUGUAAAAAUCAAGUUCCAAAUAUACUCUAUCAAUUCAUUGAAUUCUUUGAACAACAUUUAAAUGAAGAAGGUUUAUUUAGAAUUUGUGGUAACAGUACUGAAAUUAAAUUUAUAAAGAAUCAAGUCAAUACUGAUACUCAAAUAACUUUUAAUCCAUCUUCGGUUCAUGCUUAUGCUGGGGCAUUUAAAUUAUUUUUUAGAGAAUUACCUGAACCAUUAUUUACUUUUAACCAAUAUGAUAAUUUAAUUAAUUUAGCAAAAAAGAGUACAGAACUUCAACCAUUAAUUGAAAUUAUUAAAACUUUUCCAAUUUGUCAUUUAAAUGUUUUAAAAUUAUUAUUACCAUUUUUUGGAAAGAUUGCAGCAAAUUCAAAAUCAAAUUUAAUGAAUCAUUCAAAUUUAUCAAUUGUUUUUGGUCCUUCAUUCCUUAGAGUAAAGGAUGAAUCUCAUGUAAAUUUAAUGGAGAUGAUUUUGGUAAAUGAUAUUGCUAAAUUUGUAUUUGAAAAUUCACAACAAAUUUUAAAAUCAAUUUAA